AUGUCCAAAGAUAUAAGCCGUCGAGAAGCCAUUCGCAAUAGCAAUUACAUUUGCGGUGUUGUAGAGGGGUUCUAUGGAAGACCUUGGACACUUGACCAGAGGAAACAUCUGUAUGUUCGCAUGAACGAUCUUGGACUGAACACUUAUGUAUAUGCUCCGAAAGACGACGUUAAGCAUCGAGCAGCAUGGAGGGAAAUGUAUACCGAAGAAGAAAUUGGUAUUCUUCGCGAUUUGGUUCAGAACGCGCAUGCGAAUGGCGUCAACCUUGUCUACGCUCUCUCGCCAGGCCUUGACAUUAUCUACAGCGAUUCAAAUGAACUCGUGACUUUGAAAAGAAAGUUGGAACAGGUCGCUGGAACGGGAUGUAACUCAUUCGCGCUCCUUUUCGAUGACAUCGAAGUGACAAUGCAAGAAAUUGAUAAGCUCCAAUUUAACACAUUUGCCGAUGCUCAUGUGACCGUCACCAAUGCUGUUUACGAGCAUUUGGAUCCUGUUCAAUUCUACUUUUGUCCAACUGAAUAUUGCGAAUCACGAGCUGUUCCGGAUUUAGAAUCUUCCGAGUAUUUGAAUGUUGUUGGCGCCAAUCUUCAUCCAAAUAUUCAUGUUCUGUGGACAGGCCCGCGUGUAAUUUCACGAUAUCUAACCGUUGAACACUUGAGAUCUGUUGGCAAUGUAUUGAAAAGAAAACCGCUUAUUUGGGAUAACCUUCAUGCCAACGAUUACGAUCAAAAAAGAGUGUUUAUGGGACCGUUUAAAGAGAGAUCUGUCGCCAUUAGACAGCACACUUCAGGGUUGCUGUUGAAUCCAAAUUGCAAGUACGAAGUGAAUUUCAUCCCAUUCAAUACACUUUCUGAUUGGAACGCAGCUGAUCAUGAUGCAAGUAAAGAAUCUACUAAUGGACAACUAGCCGAUCGUCGAGGAUUGAAUAUCGAUUGCAAUACAUUAACAGAGUAUAAUCCAGAUUUAUCGGUUCGGAACGCAAUUUACGCAUGGAUUCAAAAUUUCAAUUCGAGAACUGGUCCUAGUAUUCCACAAAUCCCUAAAAUUGACACUUCCACUGAUAUGGCAAGUUUCGUAUUUGAACGCCAAAAAUCUGAGACGAACUCUGUGAUGGGAGAGCAACCGGUUCCUCUUGAAGAAAUUAUUCAAACUGUUGUGUCUCCGCAAAUUCUUAAGAUUCCGGCUGAGCAUAACUCUCUCACUGUCGAUUACGCGCUUCCCAUGGAAGAAGAUGAGCCAUUGGGAAACGAUGCAGAAGAACCCGAUCAUGUCGACAUGGAAUCGUGCGAUAGUCCAAAACCAUCUAAUAUAAUGUCGUUCGAAGUGUCACAGAUAUCGUCACUAGUUGAUAUGUUUUACUUGCCGUUUGAAUGCGGAGAGCGCAUUCGCCAAUUAUUUGAUAACUAUGCUUGGAUUGUACAAAAUGCUGCGGUUAUGAAGAAAAAACAUCAAGAGAUUGAAACUCUUGAUCCUCUUCAAUCCGAAUGGUUAACCCGAUAUGAGUUCAUUAACGAAAUUCUCAGCAAAUUAACAGAAUUUUUCGCUUAUGUUACUGAAUCAUCUAAUAAGUCAUUGCUUUCUGAACUAAUCCCAUAUGUCUAUGAAGCUCACGGCAUGAGCACUGUUCUGUUAGGAUUGGCACGUUGGAUUUUACAAGGAACUGCUAAUGAUUAUCCAGAGGAGAGAGAAGCCUUCUUUAACUAUGCACCAAGUGAAGAACCGUGGGCUACACAUUGUGGUUUUGUCAAUGAAUGCGUCAAAAUGCUAGCGUUUGAUGUAAAGCUUGUCGAUCUGUUCAAUCCAAAAGUUGCUCUUCCCGUCAGUGUUACUACCUAUGAAAUUCGACCAUUCACUUCCUGUGACGAAGCUUUUAUCACACAACUGGCUUACACUUCAAUUAUUACUAACGACAACAUCCAGCGCCUUCGAUCCAAAGUGUUUAUUGACAAAUACUUCCCAUUUGUUCUUGCUGGAUCGAUUCACAAUUUCCUUUGCGAAGAAACGAAUCUUAGCGCAAACAUCCGCAAACCAAUGUGUUUCGCUAUGGCUCACAUUAAUGGAAUUGCUAUGAAAUCGUUUCUGCCGGGUUAUAAACGGCAGUUGUGCGCGAAAUAUGAAGGAGACCAUUCUGUGGAAGGAUUUGAUGCAAAACAUCUUAUCGAUGACAUGAAUUACUGGUUCCCAGACGUGCAGGAUGACGUGUUCACCUACUACCCAGCUUGGUUGGAACUUUAUUUUAAUGUUGACGCUUACGAUGCUGUACCAACCAGACGACUUAUUCAGACAAUUGCUCUUAGUCUGGCUCUUGAUGGGGCACAUGGCAUGUUCGUAACAUGCCCAUUGAGCGAGCAUGAUCGUUACCAAUAUUUAUUGCGUCUCGGUUUUACUGACCUCGGACGAUCGGCAUGUAAGAAGUUUUAUAUUCUUGGCCACGACUUGAGGACGACAAUCUACAGCAUCGAAACCGUGCCCGAAGAAUCUAAUUGA